UCUGAUGAGUCUGAAAUCGAAAAGCAUUCACACAACGAAGAUCACUAAUGGCUCUCGAGGCGUGGUUUAUGGACGAUAGCAAUGAAGAUCAGAGACUUCCUCAUCAUCGUAACCCUAAAGAGCUCGUCUCGUUGGAUUACUUGGCAGAGUUGGGAGUGUUGUACUGGAAGUUGAACCCUGAGAACUACGAAAAUGAUCCUGAACUUGGCAAGAUUAGAGAAGAAAGGGGUUACGAUUACAUGGAUUUGUUGGAUCUGUGUCCCGAGAAAGUCAGCAACUACGAAGAGAAGUUGAAGAACUUUUUCACAGAACACAUUCACAAGGACGAGGAGAUUCGGUACUGUCUAGCGGGAAGUGGCUACUUUGAUGUUAGGGACAAGGAUGACCGUUGGAUCCGUAUCUGGAUGCAACCGGGUGAUCUUAUCAUCCUUCCCGCCGGAAUCUACCACCGGUUCACACUCGACACCAGCAACUACAUCAAGCUAAUGAGGCUGUUCGUGGGAGAACCGGUGUGGACACCAUAUAACCGGCCACAGGAAGAACAUCCGGGUCUCAAAGAAACAGAACCAACGGCUUUCUUGACAAAAACCUACAACAUAGUGGAGGAUUCAAGCACAAACAACAUAGUUUCAUGGAGCAGAGACAACAACAGCUUCAUUGUCUGGGAACCAGAGACUUUUGCCCUAAUUUGUCUCCCUAGAUGCUUUAAGCACAAAAAUUUCUCCAGCUUUGUUAGACAACUCAAUACUUAUGGGUUUAAGAAGAUUGAUACAGAGAGAUGGGAGUUUGCAAAUGAGUAUUUUCUAAAGGGAGAAAGACAUCUUCUUAAGAACAUCAAGAGAAGAAAGACAUCAUCUCAAACGCAAACGCGGUCGCUAGAAGGCGGUAGAUUUCGACUAGAAGGAGAGAUCCAUGAGCUGAGAAGAGACAGAGUGGCUUUAGAACUAGAACUAGUGAGACUGAGACGAAAACAAGAAAGCAUGAAGACAUAUCUUCAUUUGAUGGAAGAGAAACUGAAAGUCACAGAAGUGAAACAAGAAAUGAUGAUGAAUUUCUUGCUAAAGAAGAUUAAGAAACCGAGUUUUUUGCAGAGCUUAAGGAAACGUAAGCUGCAAGGAAUGAAGAAUCAAGAGCAAAGACAAGAGGUUAUCUCAAGCCAUGGUGUUGAGGAUCAUGAUACGUUUGUUAAAGCUGAGCCGGAAGAGUAUGGUGAUGACAUCGGUGAUCAAUUUGGAGGUGUUUUUAGUUAUGGUGAUGAGCUUCACAUAGCUUCAAUGGAGGAUCAAGGACAAGAAGGAGAUGAAAUGGAAAUGGAUAGUGAAGGAAUUUGGAAGGGUUUCGUGUUGAGUGAGGAGAUGUGUGAUUUAGGGGAACAUUUUAUAUAAUACACUAAAGUAUAUUAUGGGAGUUUUUUUUUCUUCCAAUUUGUCAUCUACCAUUUUUCGCAGUAAAUUACCAAAUUUGAA